AUGGUGCAUGUUCUGGGGGUUAACCUCCCCGACAGACAGUUGGCACGGUUUGCGUUGACGCACUUCUAUGGCAUCGGACCCAAGGUGUCCCAUCGCCUUUGCGCCAGACUACAAAUUCACGACAAAUGCAGAAUCCGAGACUUGACCGCGAACCAGAUCACCUCUCUGACCGCGUUCCUGUCUUCACCUUCAACCGCACCGCCCGUGCCUAGGUUCCCUCUCGCUUCGCCAGACUUCCUGCCACCCCCUCCCUCCACACCGGUGCAGCAGCUGAAAGCUCCAGAGAUUCCGAAAGAUGUCAAGGCGAAGCCUUCAGGACGGCAUAACGGGAACAGGUUCCACGCAGAUCCACUCCAAGGUCUGAAGAUCGAAACGGACCUCCGAAGGGAGGUGCGCGAAAACAUUGCCCACCAGCGUAUGAUCGGCAGCUACGUCGGUAAACGGCAUGCCAUGGGCUUGCCCGUCAGAGGUCAAAAUACGCAGACCAAUGCCAGUACGGCACGAAAGCUCAACAGGAUUGAGCGUUAUGCUUAG